ACGUCGCGACAUCUUUUGGAUGAAGCAUACUGAUUGAGAAUGAAGCCGAAGCAGCAGCAUCCACACGGUUAUCUAUAUGCUAUCACUCCCACCGCCACCGCCACCGCCUCCGCCUCCGCCUCCUGGUGCAUCAGCUUGUUGAUGAUCACGGCCACUUUCUUGGGUUGCAGCUGCCGGGGCCGCGGGUAUCCUAGUGUGGCUGAUGGGGAGGAUAACGAGAUCAUCAACCGGGCGAGCUUCCCAUCGAAUUUCGCAUUUGGAGUGGGAUCGAGCGCCUACCAGUCUGAAGGAGCAGCGGACCAACAGGGAAGAGGGCUGAGCAUUUGGGACACCUUCACCAAACUUUAUCCAGAAAAGAUCAGCGACCACUCUUCCGGUUUGAUAGCUGAUGAAUUCUACUACCGCUUCCAGGAGGACAUAAAGUUGUUGAAAGCAAUGGGAUGGGACUUCUUCAGAUUCUCCAUCUCGUGGCCUCGUAUUGCACCUCAUGGGAAGAUAAGCAAGGGAGUAAAUGAACAAGGCGUCGCCUUCUACAACAAUCUCAUCGACAACCUCCUCGCUGAGGGCAUCCAACCUUUUGUGACAUUGUUCCAUUGGGAUGUUCCCCAAGCACUUGAAGAUGAGUACGGCGGGUUCCUGAGUCUUAAUAUCGUGGAGGAUUACAUUGGCUAUGUAAACUUUUGCUUUCGAGAAUAUGGUGAUAGAGUGAAGCAUUGGACGACAAUCAACGAGCCCAAUUACUUUACUAUAUUUGGGUACGCGACCGGCUCCUAUGCACCUGGUCGAUGUUCUAUUUACAUUAAUAACUGCACAACCGGAAACUCGGCAACAGAACCUUACAUCGUUGGGCACCAUUUGCUUCUUUCGCACGCUGCAGCGGUGCAACUGUAUAGGAACAAGUAUCAGGCUGCUCAAAAUGGGAAAAUAGGCAUGGUAAUUGCAAGUAUCUGGAUGACCCCAAAGUAUUCGACCAACAUCAGUAGGAAGGCUGCCUCUAGAGCUCUUGACUUUCAGUUUGGAUGGUUCGCUCAUCCUAUCACCUAUGGUGACUACCCGCAGUCGAUGAGGAGAUAUGUGGGUAAACGGUUACCCAAAUUCACAAAAGCACAGUCGGAGGCGCUAAAAGGUUCUCAUGACUACAUUGGGGUAAAUUACUACACAGCGAGAUACGUAGAUGAAUCCACAUCCCCUUUCACCACUCUCAACCUAAGUUACACCACCGAUUGCCAUUGUAAUUUGACAGCUGAGAAAGAUGGCAUUCCAAUCGGCCAACCGACUGCUGCAGAGUGGCUGUAUAUAUACCCAAAGGGUAUCAGAGAGUUGAUGCGCUACGUGAAGAAAAAGUACCAGGAUCCGACCAUUUAUGUGACCGAGAAUGGAAUGGCAGAUGCAAAUAACAAAUCGUUGCCGCUUGAAGAUGCACUGACAGAUAGAUUGAGAAUAAGUUACUUUCAGCAGCAUCUCUCAAAUCUCUCCAAGGCUAUCGAGGAAGGAGUGAACGUAAAAGGAUACUUUGUGUGGAGUUUCCUAGACGACUUCGAGUGGGCGGAGGGUUAUACGACCCGAUACGGCCUCAUAUUCGUGGAUUACAGCAAUGGACUGAAGCGAUACCUGAAGCACUCAGCGUAUUGGUUCAAAAGUUUCCUACAAAAGGAUAAUGCAACCCUUGACUACUCCUCGCGGAGCGAUGGCCAGCAUAUUUUCUUCUCGCAUGAGGAUCUUGCAAUUAAAUCGAUGCGACAGGAUCAUCAUCCUGACGAGUAUGUUGAGGUGUUACACUGGUUCAUCUGCACUAGGUCUCCAAGCUGUCAAAACUCAUUCAGGGAUAUUUGUCAGAAACAAGGGAUCAGAACUAGGGUUGCAAUUAGAAACUUGAAUGAAGUUUUUCAGGUAAAGAAUAAAAUUUCCCAAGAAGUUGAAGAACAAAUCCGACAGGUUGUCUACUCUAGACUUCUUAAUAUUAUCACGAGAGAUAAACUGAAUUGGAGAGUCCUGAUCCUUUACAUUAAACUGGACGAGUGUGCUACGCAAGCUAUCAACGAGACCAAUGUAGUAAAGAGGAAGGCUGUAGGCGAAGCUGAAUGCCAUAAAAGAUGGGGUGCUGGAGAAUGGGGUCCCAAGAGUAACAUGAUUCUGGAGACUCAAUAUAUUGAUGCCAUGAAAGAAAUCGGCGCAAAAUCAAGAUCUUCUGUACCUGGUGCCAUUUUUCAAGUGGGCACUCAGAUCCGUAAUGGAGCGAAGCUCUCAAUCCGAUUGCAACAAUUGGAAGUGAAAUACGACACAAAGAACCAGGACGAUGAGUUUGUCAACGUGCUUGCAUCUGGGACUACUGAGUCCGUCCAGAUAGAGCACCCGAUGCCCUUUACACACUCAGCAACCCGAAGAGUCUGA